GCAAAGAGAGAUCUGAUUUCUUAGAAAUCUCGCAGAAAUGGAGCUUACGAUAGCAACAUCCAGCUUGUUUUGGAAAUGCGGUCUAUAACUCCAUGAUUCAGCUGCGUAAGUCGGCGGAGUUUGCCGAAAUUGAAGACGAUCUCUCUCUCUCUCCCUCUGGUGAUCAAUUGAUUAGGUUUCGAAUCAUGGCUGAGAACGGCGAUGGUGAUAGUAUACACAGAUACGUUAAUGGCAGCAUAAGCGAUCAUCUGCAAAACCACAUUCAUCUGACGAAUUGCAUCCAUUUGAAGAACCAUGUGCACAAGCAGAGUCCAUCCGCGGCUGACGCGACUCACUUGAGAGACCUCGUCGCGCUUCAUAGGUUGAGGCGUCUGAGAGGUCCUUCCGACGACACUCGCGCUGCUUCUCUAAUUGACGAUGCGAUCCUUCACAUACGGGAGAGAAGGUUCGAGAAUGGCGGAGAGUGUUCGAUGAAGAGAGAGGAAUCGAAUAGGAAUUGGGGGAAUGAUAAGAGUGUGAACAUGAAAGACAUGCCCCUUCAAGCAGAGGAGACGGGUGAGGAACCGGCAAGAAGCACAAACAGCCAUGGAAAGGUUGUGAAGAAGGAGAAAAGGCGCAGAUUUCGCAGUGGAAGAAGAAAUCGGCCUAGUUUAGCAGCACGAGAUGCUAAAACUAGGGCUGAAACGUCCAACACAUUUGUCCAAGGGGAUGAGGAUGAUGUUGAUCAGAAUUGCAGCAGUAUUCACUCCAAUAAGUGUGGAAUUCCAUUGAAUUGGUCGAGCAUUCAUCACAGAGGAAAGUCGUUCCUUGAGGUGACUGGCCGGAGCCUCUCUCGUGGCUUAUCUGAAUCACGGUCGAAUAAAGAAGGCGCCAUCUCUGAUAAACCUAUCACUUCAGAGAACUCCAGUCAAUCUACCAAGUCUGGUGGAGAAGCAUUACCUCUGCUUCUUGAUGCAUCUGAAUCUCAGAAAAGUAUUGAUAGCGUUCCUUGGAUUGAUGAUGACUCGGGGGAAUUAAGUCUUACUGAAAUGCGUUCAUCAGUUCCGGGGCAGCAUCGAAACUUCACUCAGAAAUACAUGCCAAGAACAUUCAGUGAUGUGGUUGGUCAGAGCCUGGUAGUGCAGGCUCUCUCAAAUGCUGUGAUGACGAAGAAAAUUGGAUUGAUGUACGCGUUUUAUGGGCCUCACGGAACUGGCAAAACCACGUGCGCGCGUAUAUUUGCUAGAGCCUUAAACUGCCAGUUUGUGGAGAGCUCCAAACCCUGUGGAUUUUGUGACCCUUGCAUUGCAGAUGAGAAGGGGAAGAGCAGAAACAUAAGGCACAUAGGUCCGGUUGAUAAUAUCAACUCCCAAGGCUUGCUUGAACUCUUUCAGAAUCUUUUAGCUUGCCAACACAGGUCACAGUAUGGCGUGUUCAUUAUUGAUGAGUGUGAUGCUAUGGAUUCUGAUUGCUGGAGUGUAGUCUUGAAGGUUAUCCGUGGGGCCCCGAGUCGCGUGGUGAUCAUUCUUGUCUGCUCGAGUCUUGAUGCUUUGCCCCAUGUGAUAGUAUCCAGGUGCGAGAAGUUCUCCUUCACCAAGCUGAAAGAAGCAGAGAUGGUGCGUGCGUUGCAGCUGAUAGCGAGGAAGGAAGAUGUAGACAUUGAUAGAGAUGCUCUUAAGCUGAUUGCAUCGAGGUCUUGUGGAUCUCUGAGAGAUGCAGAGAUGACACUGGAGCAGUUGAGCUUGCUCGGGGGGGAGAUCUCUCUCGGCUUGGUGCAGAAACUGAUUGGACUGAUUUCAGAUGAGAAGUUGGUGGAUCUUCUUGAUUUUGCACUAUCUGCUGACACAAUCAACACAGUGAAGAAUCUGAGAGAUAUCAUGUCAUCCGGUGUUGAGCCAUUAGCUCUAUUGUCACAGCUAGCCACAAUCAUCACUGAUAUUCUUGCUGGAAGCUAUCAUAUGGCAAAACAAUGGCCUAAGAGGAAGUUCUUCCACCAGCAAGCUUUAUCCAAGGCAGAUAUGGAGAAGCUGCGGCAUGCACUGAAAACACUGUCUGAAUCCGAGAAGCAGUUGAGGGUGUCGAGUGAGCGGAUGACUUGGCUCACGGCUGCAUUGCUGCAGCUGGCUCCUGAUCAGCGCUACACGGCCCUGAGUUCGUCUUCCGUUUUUAGUUCGUAUCGCAGUUGGGAUGGAGUAGAAUCUUCACCAAAAAGGAGUGCAGAUGGGAUUGAAGAGAUUUGGUUGAAAGUUCUUGAAAACAUCAAAAUAAAGAGCUUGAAAGAGUUCAUGCACAAGGAAGGGAAGAUGGCUUCCAUGAGCUAUGAUCCAGCUCCAACAGUGCAACUGGUGUUCAAUUCACAGCUAACAAAGUCCGUGGUAGAAAAAUUCAGUUCACGCAUCAUACAAGCAUUUGAGGCAGUUCUUGGAUCGGCAGUAACCAUUGAGAUCAGGCAAUGGUCGAGAGAAGGUACCGGGGCAGGGGUUAUUGUGCUACAAGGACAACAAGUAUCGGCUUCGGAUGACUUUCAAAGUGAGUCUGAGAGGAACAAUCAAAGUGUUUCUGCAGAUGAUGAGCCAGAAUUGAAUGAGAGAAAGCAGAGGCUUGGCAUUGUUAGAAGAAGGGUGACUCUUGGUCAUGUGAUCAAGCAUGCCGAUGCGCGUGAAGCAGCCUCCAGAGCUGCUGACAAGCUUGAACAAGAAAAUAUAAGAAGACUAGAAGCAAGAUCAAGGAGAUUGCUCUGCUGGAAGCCACCAAAAAUUAGACAUCAUAAGGUUUUAUGGUUGAAAUUUAGAAGAAGAAAACCACAAAGCUUUCGGAAAUUUGUUUCCUGCGGAAGGUGUCUUUCUACAAGGUCUCAAAUCUCAAUAGGAUAUUAACCUAAUCUCGUUUAGAUUUUGAGCAAAGAGUCAUUUUAUUAAGAUGUCACUAAAUUUUUAUAUAGUUGUGAUUUUUUAAAAAGUAAAAAGUGUCGAUUCAUCACAGGGCAAAAGCCCAAUUCUGUGUAGGCCUGUUGUAAUUUAUUUUAAAAAUAUCUUAUUGGGCUAUAAUCAAUUCACCUGCCCAAUUAUCUUAUCGAAUUGCUUUGUAUAAUUAGCAGGUAAUUACCUUCAUUAAUGAUAAAUGAGAAUAUAUAGUUUUUUUUUCA